AUGUCGGCAGUCGCCCUCGCGCCUGUUGCGUCGAGUAGCAUCAUGUUCGCCCAACCACCACACCACCAACGGCGCGCAUCAGACGCCAUUUCCCGCAGUUCCUGGGCCGCCGAGGACAACGAGCCCAUCCCGUGGGGCGGCGACCAGACGUCCAUGCCUGCAGGACCAUCAGCAGCAGCCUCGUCGUCGCGCCAGACGCCUCCAGUCGUCAUGGUCUGGCGCUCGGCACCAAUGCAGCACCUGAGCGCAUCGACCAUCAAUGAUGCGCCCCACAGUCAUUCCCGCUCCGCGUCGAUCGUGUCGAUGGGAAUGAACGGCCUUCCUUCGCGUUCCCGCGUGUCCAUGGACGCACUCCCGGGUGACGGCUACGACAGCGACGACGACCAUCACACCAUCACCCCGUCGUCGUCGACGGCGUCCCUCCCCACCAUGAUGUUUGACGACGACAACAUCCGUUCGCCACACCCUGCGUCCGCCAUCACCCCCUCGUCGUCAAAACGCCCAGUCGGCCUGGGGCUCACUGCGGUUCUCGACAACGGCCGGGAGUGGCCCCCACGUGAAGAGGAGGCCGACUCUGACGAGGACGAGGUCGUCGACCAGCACGAGAUGGACAGCUACAUGGCAUCACACCGCGCACCAGUGGACGCAAAGCUGCGAUCCAUGCCCGGUGUCGUCGGCCUCGGUGACGGAUGGGCCGGUGGCCCCCAGCCCAAGCCCAAGCGACGGGGGUGGUUCAGGCGAGGCGGCAAGAAGGACGAGCCGCUGCCAGACGCAGCAGACCCACUUGCUCUGUGGGCGACGGGGUCCGCGUCGUCAGAGCCAAAGACACCGACAGCAUCAUCCACUCCUAUGCCCCCACUGGCACCAGCAGCGCCGCAACUUUGCUCCAACGACCAGGACGCCGCCGAUGCGCAGGCAAAGUGGUGGAAGUCUCGGAAAAACCUCUUUUCGUCGUCGCAGCGGGUUCUCCCAACAUUACAUUCGGACAGCAGCCCCGAUCGCGCGCAGCCGUCGUCCACCACAACCACCACCCGGCCACCAUCGAGCUCAAAGACGAGGGGCCUGCUGACACGCUCGCGUCUCAACUUUGGCUCCAUGGUGGACCUCCGUCGCACAGAGGCGCGCGAGUGCCCCUCGGCACCACUGGCGCCGGCGUCGCCUCCUUACAUGCAGCCUGCCGCCAAGCGUCACUCGGUCGCUGGGUUCCUCCGCAAGGCGCCACCCCACCCCCUCGAGCUGUCUCAUGGCAACGGCAGCACUGCCGCUAGCAAGUCGCAGCCUGUUGGUAUCUCGGCCUCGUCGUCACAGCCUUCUCUUUCACCCUCACCCCUGUCGCACCACCCUAUCCUCCGACAAGCCUAUGCCCGUUCCGAGUCUCAUCUUGCCGGAGCCCCCACUUCCCCUGGUAACGCUCCGCGUCCAGCUCCUCUUAUCAUCAAUAGCGGUGCAUUCGUAAACACGGCCCCCAUGCCUCUCUGGCGACCACCCAUGAUGUCGCCCACCCCUCUGCUGGAAGUCGAGGAGGAAGACGAGGACGAACACGACACCCCAGAGUCGACAGACCGCCCCGUUCUCAAGCGAUCGGCCACCUUUGGCGACGAGGACGAGUGUGCCGCACAGAAGAAGGAGUCGGCCCCGCCCGUCAUGUCCCCCAUCAACGGCUCGCCGGUCGAGACCCAGCGUGCCCUGUCCGUCUCCACCGCGUAUUCGCAUCCCGGUGCCCGCGACACAACGUCGCCCAUGCCGCCGCCGUCGUCCUUCCUCGGCCGUAUCAAGCACGCCCUCUCAAAGGGCCGUGGUCGUCCGGGAAAGGCCAACUCGCUCAAGUCGGCAGGAUCGCCCAUGGUCCCCCAGUCGCCUCGCAGCUUCCAGUCAGAGAUCCCGGCCACUCCCCACCGCGACACGCUUGCUCCCCAGCCUCGCUCCGUUGGCCGCGGUCUCCGCCCCCGCAGUCGCUUGUUCAGCCGUCGCCGCGAGGAGGUCACUCCCGUGCCUAUGGUCAAGCCCACGGCGCUUUCCAAGGAGGUGCCUACCAACCUGCAGGCAGUGGACCUUACGCCCCGCAUGUUCAGCCCUGUCGAGUUUAAGAGGAGUCCGCCGCGUCAGAAGCAGCAGCGCACCUUGUCGAGGCACGUUGUUGAGAGCAUGGUCAACCUCUCGGCUUCGCGCAACGAGUUUGCCGACGACAAGGACGUGUUUGGCAGUGACCGUCUGCGCACCAAGCGGACGUCGUGGGCAGCGCCGCUGCCCGUCGGCAUGGAAGACGAGGAUGAGGCCGACGAGUCGACUUCGCGCCUCGAGAAGCGCAGCAGCCGUGUGUCGAUCAGUCGCUUCAAGUCGAACAAGCCCCGCCCCGCCCUUGGCCACGUCUUCCCUCGUCCUCCGACCGAGAUGCAGCAGCCGCCGUCGCUUCACUGGGCGUUCCCGGGCUCGUACUCGACCCCCAUGCUUCACAAGUUUGGCGGCUCGACGCUCUCGCUUGCUCUGGACAUUUCGGCCGAGAACAACGAUGUCAACAGCCUCGCUGACAUUGCCGAGUCACCCGCCACCCAGGACAAGGUGGCUCCCCGUGAGCGUGCCAUCUCGGCCACCAUCGCCACCCUUACCGCCCGCCAACCCGUCCCGGUUCGCAGUGGCAAUGUCCGCCGCCGCACGAUCCCCGUCAACAUGGACAACCUCAACUCGUCGAGCGAGUCGCUCACGCUCCCGUCGUGCAGCAUUGUUGAUUUCCCCCUGCCGCCCUCGAGCUCGAGCGGCGACGUUUCUUCGCCUGACCCCGACGCCAUCGAGCACCUGCGCACGCCCCGCGACCCACGCACGUACCCGACCCUCCACGGCGAGUACUACCGGCGCCAGGCCGCCGUUGACUCUGGCGACUCGAGCGAGGAGUCUGCUGGCUCGGCGUCCUCGAAGCGCCUGCGCAAGGCGCCCUCGUGGUCGACGUGCAUGACCAGCACGCAGGACACGGCCACGCCGCUGGCCACCCCGACCAGCGUCACCAGCGCCAGCGACGACGCCGCGCGCUGUGGCUCGUUUGGCUCGCUCACGGCCGUGAGCGAGGGUGAGCACCGCACGUCAUACAUGUCGAAGCGUGCGUCUGUUGCCACCACCCCCACCCCUAUUGUAGCUUAG